UAGGGGAAAAUAGUAGACUUGGCUUCUCAGGUGCCCUUUGUAGUGAACUUAUUGGCACCCCACACCGCCCCUCUUUGUUAUCAGCAAGGAGCAACUGUUGUGAGUUAAACAACCUGUCAGUAAAUUAACUUCCAGGUUGCUUGUUUCAAGGCUAGAACUUUAUGAGCUGCUUUGCCACCAGGCUGGCGUUGCAGGGCUGUUAUCAGUGGGUGUCUGUGCGCGUGUGAACUCAUUGGCAGUGACCCCUGUGAUGUUCUGAAACCUGAUUGCACACCUGAAGCCUUGGUGCCAUGGUACAGGCUGGGUUAAUGACUUUGUUUAUACUGAUAAGGGCAAUCCAGAUAAGGCAGCCUCUCAGUCCUGAGUCUCCUGUCUCUGGCUGGCACCUUCAUUGAGAAAACCUUUCUCUGUGCUACGUGGAAAUUCCGCUUCUCCUCGGCCAAUCAGUUUCGGGCUGACUUGUUUUUCAAUGAACUGCUGCUGCUCAUCCAAGAGAGUUCAAGGCUACUGGAAGGGGUGGCUUGUUUCACCCCUUCCAGGGACCUUAUAAGUGCAGCUGAGAAGAAGCAGCCACAGGACGGACAGAGGCUGUGAGGUGACAGGAAAGUUCCUGUAGCAGCAAGUACUGGAAGCUUGUGCAAGGACCAGGUGUGCUCAGCUCUACAGCUGCGUGAAAAGCACUUUCUGUGAAGUGGCCCAGUAAGCUGUACUCCAGCAUGGACAUGGAAUAUGAGAAGUGCCCAUGCCAUCACGAAGAGAACCAAAAUGCCAUCCUGUACACCCUCCUGAGCCAGAACUUGACCCACCACAGCGGUGGAUGCAGCCCGUCCCAGCAGCGCUGCUUCUGCCACAAACGGCACACCGUCUGCCUGCAGACCCCCCAGGUCACCUGCCAGGCAGCCUCUGAUGUCUUGGUGAAGACCAUCAGCUUCAUGAAGAACCUUCCUUCCUUCCAGCUACUGCCCUGGGAAGACCAGCUGCUAUUGCUGGAUAGCUGCUGGGCUCCCCUUUUCCUCCUGGGCCUGGUCCAAGAGAUGGUGACAUUUGAGGUGAUGGAGACUCCAGCUCCAAGCAUGCUGGAGAGAAUCCUCCUCCACGGACAGUGCAAGAGGCAGGAGCUGCAGAGGGCGCGGCCAACCCUGGCCAGCGUACAGCGCCUCCAGUGCUGCUUGAACUCUUUCUGGAGCCUGGACCUGAGCCCCAAGGAGUAUGCCUACCUGAAGGGUGCAAUUCUCUUCAACCCUGACGUGCCUGGCCUAAAAGCUUCCGCUUACAUAGAGAGCCUCCAGCGAGAAGCACAGAGAGCACUCCAAGAAGUCCUCAUGCUGCUCCACCUGGAGGACCAAGGCCGCUUUGCCCACGUCCUGCUCAUCUCCUCCUCCCUGAAAUCCAUCCCUCCUGCCCUCAUAAGCGACCUCUUCUUCCAGCCGGUCAUUGGCAACACUGACAUUUUUGAGCUGCUUUCCGAAAUGCUACUCAUGAAGUAGCUCCUUCGGCCACGACAUCCUCAGGUGAGGCCGGCUUCAGCUUUGUGCUACAUGCUGAGAGGCGGCCCAGCACACCUGGAUAAUGCAGCGGAAGAGGGCACACGGCCUCCCAAUUAUACCUUUUCAGACAGAAAGGCAGCUGACUGCAGACACUUCCUUGCAUGGAGCUCAAAACACUCAAAAGCCAUAUGCAGUGCUGCUGUAACAACCACGACGGGGCACUUAGAGCGGGUGCCAACGGUUAGGGGGGAGGAGUAUCUUCUUCAGCAAAUGCUUCAGCAUUGCAAGCCACGUCCAGUCCAUGCAGGGCCUUGGCAACAUCUGUGAUCACCAUCUGUGAAGCGGGCAGUGGUGCAGCACGGGCAAGGUGCUCCCAUUAGAUCACAGAGGCCAAACUCCCUUGUGGCUGCCCCAAACCUUGCAAACCAAGAGGGUUGCAUGCAUCCAGUCAACUGUGGGAGGCGUUCCCACCCCCCGCAAAAACAUUUAGAUGGCCAAAACCGUUUUCCUCUUCUUGUGAGGAGGGAGUGUCGAGGCACCAGUUGGAUUUGGCAGAAGACUGUCUUCCAUUUUCCAAGGUCACAGUGGGGACUCCACAUUUUCUUAUAGCCAGCCAGACAACAUCUGCCAACCGUAGCAUUGCGCCUGAAGUCCCAGGUCUAAAAUUAUCUUGCUGCACCACUGGAAAUAGGGGCAAUGGCUACACUGUUCCUGUUCAAAACCACCUGCCUUACACACACUAUUACAUAGAUAUGUAUGGGCUUUUAUUCCAUGGCUUACCCCAACCCCAAGAACCCUGGGAGUUCUGCCUUAUGGGUCGCUGAACACUCUGCCAAGAGAAGCCCAUGUAGAACCACAGCCUGCAUGAUUUAGCUUGCUUUCUUUAAAAAAGAAAAAAGUUUAAGACAGAUCUGCUGAACCAUGGAAUUUGUACAAAAAACAGUCCUGCAUGUUCCUUUCAUUGCAUUCAGUUCCGGGUGCAAAUACUGCGACCCUUACCUGAGUCAUUGGAAACAAGUUCUCAGAAAUGUUUGAGCUGGCAUCAAGUUCUGGGUGUUAUUAUUUUGUGCCUAAGACACUUAAGUCCCAGCUUGCUUGGGAGUAUUUUUUUCUAAUGCUGCAGGCUGACUGGAGAGGACAAAAAGAUCCCUUGAGCAAACAUGCAGCAGCAAAGAGCCUGCUGAAGGUUACCUGAGUUGCUCCCCUUAUUCACACAGAAUUAUAAUACUCCAAGGCAACGAUACAGAAGAAAGCAAGACUUUUCCUCAUAUGACCCCUGUUCACUGUAAUUGCUACGAUACAGGGAGGGGUCUAGCUUGAGUUUGGAAUUUUAUCAAUAUUUAGUCUAUGCUUCUUAAUGACAUUCAAUACAGCUUAGGACAGAAGCCAUAAUUCUGCCUAACCAUGAUUCAUUCUUACAAUCUUCCAUGGCCGGGUCUCUGACUGCUCCAGACCUGUCGUCAUGUUCAUUUCCCCUGGGGUGACUGCCCUUCUCUCCUAUUUGUAGUGCUGUUAUAUGCUGGGUUGUACCACCUUUGCACAGAUUUCUCAUAUCAGUAUUUUGUGACUGGGUGCUUCCUUGUGAUUUGUAUGCUAAGUUAUUAUUUUUAAAAAAACAACAAAUAAAAACAUUUUUGCAGUUCA